AUGAAUGACAAUAAUAACGUAACUGAAUACUUGACAACCUCUUCGCCAACAACAUCUCCAUCCUUUCUUGUACUAUACUGGACAACCAUGUAUUCCUUCCUCAUAAAUAGUUUCCGUAAAGUAACCGAGCAACUACAGAACCUGGCCUCCAGCAGCUACACACCGUAUAUCUUGUCACCGGCUGAAAAUAGCAAGGGUAGCAAUAGCAAUACCGCCUAUUCUAACAUUAAUAAUGGCGAAAACGAUAGGCGAGCAUAUGCUGUUGACACACCGCGCCGAUCCCCGAGGAUCAGGUCAAGGAGACAAGAUCAGCAGAUUUCGUCCUCUUCAACAGUAACCAGCGUUACAAAACACUCUUCGACUCGUGCGAAAGGUCAGCAUAGACAGGCCACUUUGGCUUCCUCCAUACCCAGCACGUCGUUUCCUGCAUUCGCAAAAACCAAGACAUUAAUCCUGGACUUGGACGAAACCCUAAUACAUUCGACAGUGAGAGGUUCAGACAACGCGCAUAUGCUUGAGGUUAUGGUUGAUAGUCAUGCAUGUCUCUAUUACGUUCAUAAACGACCCCAUGUGGACUAUUUCUUAAUGAAAGUCGCUGAAUGGUACAAAGUGGUUAUCUUUACUGCCUCUAUGCCGGAAUACGCAGAUCCAGUAAUCGAUUGGUUGGAUCCAGACAAAAACUUGAUAACAAAACGGUUUUUCCGUCAGUCUUGCAUACAACGGGGUGGAACAUACGUAAAAGAUUUGACUUUGGUCGAGAAUGAUCUUUCGAAAGUGUGUCUUAUUGAUAACAGUUCGAUAUCUUAUUCACUGCAUCAAGAAAACGGUAUACCGAUUGAAGGCUGGGUGAGUGACCCAAAUGAUGAAGCCCUUUUGGAUUUGCUUCCGUUUUUGGACGCUCUCCGAUUUACAGAAGAUGAGAAGGGAGGUGGAAAUCCAGAAUUUCCGGCGCUUCGAAUUAUUAUUAUACAUCACGAUAGUAUAAACUCCCAGGAUACGUAUUCUAUGAUACCCCGAAAGAAAUUGCUCUCACGUAAAGUAACAAUGCUUCGUCGAAAUCCCACGCGCAUUCAUUUACGACCAGAGGAUGUCGAAUCCGUUGAGAAACUGCGUGAACUUUAUCAACAGAAGAAAACGCUUGCUAAGGGUAAACGCAAGGGCACUGAAAUAGAUCGAGAGAUAAUAUCGUUGCCCACUCAAGAUUCCUCGGUCAAUGAACAGUCACUUUCGAACAAUGACUUUACAAAGAGCGGCAUGCCGUUUGACGCUCGGAAGGCUUAA